AUGUCUUUCACUGGACCCAUUCCCCGCCCUGCGCGGGAGCGCCCCGCAGAGAGUCGCGAUUCGCUCUUACGAGCCUCUAUCUUGGAGAGUGCGCUGCAGCUUGGUGUAGGCAGCAAUUGUACGGUCACAAAAUGGAUGUUCAGCCCUGUAGAAGAAGCCGACGAGGAAGGAGAGAGCGCUGUAUCUCCGAGUUUGACGUACGCCUCAACAGCGACGUCUGAUGACUCUUUUCAAUUUAGCGCGCCCGCAGGGCGACCCUCGCCUGGUGCUGGGAUACUGAUAGUCCCUGGUUCGUCGGCUCAGCAUGUAAACACAACGGGACCGUUCCCCACAACCUCGACGGAGGUACAGCAACGGAUCAUGUUUGACCUUAGUAGAUCCCCCGAACCCCGUACCGUGACGCCGAUUCCUCCGAGUCCUCCCAAGGCCAACAAACUACGUAAGCUGCGCCUACCAGGAAAUGGAAACGAGAGUGAUGGUGGGUAUCUCAGCGAUGGAGGUAGAGCCAAGGGAGAAAAGGAGAAGGAGAAGAAAAAAAGGGCCAAGAAAGAGAAGGGCGACGGAAAUAUGACCGAGUACGAGAGUGACGGGGGCUAUUUUUCUGAGUCGGCGCGAAAGGCGCGGAAGAAGAGCAGACAGGAAAAGAAGGCAAGAGAUAAAGAUGCCGAGUCCCCGACAACGGACUACGAAACGGAUGGCGGUGGACGAUCAAAGCAACAGCGGUCGCGCAAAGGCUCGGUUAUGUCUUCGAUGGCGGAUGACUCUGACGGUGGGUACUUGUCGGAGUCUUCGACUAAGAAGAAAGGAUUUUUCCGGCUGAACGCUCGGGGUAGGAAGAAACGAGAUGGGGAAGACUCACAGGGCUCGCCUAUUCCACCCAUGCCUGCCCUUCCGUUGACACUCCCCAUCGCAGAGAAAUUCCUGCGGAGCUCCACACCGACCACUAUCAGCUCCUCCAUACGUUCUGAGACGCCUCUUUCCAUUCAUCCUUCUAACAUUGAACGGGAGAGCAUGAUUUCAAUGACCUCUACUGAGCGAGACGAGCGUGCGGGCUCAAUUGUCUCACGCGAGGGGCUCACGAAAGCGUUCCGCGAUGUACACUCUGUUCACCGCCCGAGCAUCGACGCUUUGGCUACCUUUCGCAACCUGGCGCCUGCUCCCAAUUCGCCUAGUCCACUCAAGGAAAGCUCGACAAAUACAGCGAUACAUCCUUACGCACAGUCAUCGAACGACGUCCCAUCGUCUUCUACACAGGCGUCAGAAGCGCCGAAAAGGUCGCUUACGAAGUCCAGAGAUGCGCGUCCAAAUAUUUCCUCGCCGAACACGACAAUGCUCGCACCAAAGCACGUUCCUGCGCCGCUUGUCCUGAACUCGUCAUCGUCUAUUCGCUCGUACGUCGCUCAACAAUACCCGCACACACCAGACAGCGGCUAUGUUCUGGUGACCCCGCAGCCCGGGUCCGAGCAAGGUUUCGGCUCUGCUACUCUCUCUGUUCCGCCUCGAAGUCCUGCGCGACCUGAGUCAGACCUUCUUGGACUCCCGCAGGGAAUAUCGAGACCAUCAUCAUCGGCACCACCUAGUCCGACUACUCUUCGUCCCCAUGUCCUAGCAUACUAUAGCAUCCCUCCUCCCACGCCUCCUCCUCAAGGUCCUUUGCCUGAGGUCCCCGUAUCUGCAAGUAGCUCUCGUCCUAGCCUGUCUGUGAACAUCUCUCCAAGGUCCUUGCGUCCAGAUUCUGCUGAUGGUGUGAAUAUACGUCCUGUGCCUUUCAUCUCUCGGAUACCCGCCUCCCCUGCAGGUCCUCCGCCCACACGCGGACUCCCUCCACCUCCGCCUAUUCUUGCCGCGACACGCCCUGCACGAUCUUCGUCAGAGUCGGACCUCACAGCAAAUGCUCCCACUGUCAGCGCUAGUGAGUCUACUAUGCCCACGGCAGCUGAAUCGACUGCGAAGUUACAACGAGAUCGAGUGUCGCCCUUUCCCAUAUCGCCCGUCGUCCCCAAAGAACAAUCUCCUGGUCUCAUUCGCAAACUUUCAAAUCUAGUCAUAUCCAGCCCGAAUACUACCACCAGCCCGAAAUUGAACAGAACAGGAAAUUAUCCUGCUUCCAAGCCCUCAUCUAGCGAUGGGUACGGUUCUCGCAGCGGUUGGUAUGACCCCGAUCGACUCGACUCACAGUGGCAGCCGCGUUCUGCCUCUGCACUAGACCGCCCUCAUUAUGACAUGGUCAGUAGCUUGUCGGUGCGACGAAAAGUCUCGUUUGAGGACGAAUUGCCAGGUGAAGAGAGGUCCGUAUUAGAUAUGGGGGAUGACGAUGACGAUGACGUUGACCAGUCGACACAACCGAGUUUGGAGGACGCGUCAUUUCAAUACGGCGAGGGUGCUGAUUGUAGUCGAAUGGAGUAUCAGAGCGCAGACGCGGACCUAGAGGACGAUGAUAGGUCGCACUAUGAGGAUUCGCGACCGCCGACCAUGUACAGCUGUGAUGGCGGUGAUGCAUCGAGCGUGUGGAGCCAUCCGGAUUCGCGCAGGAGCUUCUUCGACGAGGAUAAGAGUGCGAAUGCGCGCGCACGUUUUGUCCGCCAAGUGGAAGCAGUAUAUGGGGAAUACAAGAUCCCGCCUGUGCCUCCCCUCCAAGUCGCAAAGUCGCCAAAGAAUCUUUCUGGCUGA